UCUACAUAAGUUUCCCCGUGUAGAUGUCUGCCGCCGUCUUCUCGUUUUCUUUGGGUAAUCACGUUUUCUUUACAUGCUCGUCUGCAGGGAUGACUAACCUAUCCUUUCUCUCUUCAGUUUGCAGAGCCGUAAAUAAUACAAAUAUUAUAAAUGUACCGGGAAGUGUAGACUAAGUCACGUUUCUUUAUUGCUUAAUUUACUUGAUUGAUAUUACGAAUGAUCAGCUUUGGAGUUUAACACUAUGUUUUUCUAUUCCGUCAACUGCAUCAAAGUAAGACGAGGCUUAGCCAACACUUCCACGGUAUUCGUCUAGGCUGCUGCAUGCAUUCUUCUUCCCCUUCUCUUCCCAUUCAUUCUCCUCCCCUUUCCUUCUAGCUUCUCCCCAUUCCCGUCCAAGUGCCAUAACCCCUUCCCCCUUCCCCACAAAAAAGCAUACAGAAAAAUUAUAAUUACAAAGGAAAAGUAAUUGUGACGAGCAUACCAGCGACUUCCAAGUGGGAGAGGAAACAAACCAAAAAGCAAAAAAUAUAUAAAAAAAAGUGUAUACAAACCACAAACAGUACUAAAAAAAAUGUAUUUAAAAAGCGGAUCCAUACCACCGCCACCAAACACAUCUCUCUCUCUCUCUCUCAAAUGACGUCACCGCCCCGUCCCCACCCUUACAGGUAGCUCUGGAAAUGAUGAGCUACCAUAGCUGUUGCGGGGAGGAUGAGCUCUCGAAGCUAUCAAAGGAAGAGGUCCCCAAUCACAUGCUUGGCGUCGACGACUAUUACUUCUGCCCGCUGAACCUCGAGGACAUGGAGAAAGUCCGCCACGCCAUCUACAUGUUCGUGGACUUGUUCGGCCUCACGCGCUUCGAGAAGGACUGCCUCAUCCGGUUCACGCUGACGGUGAAGAAGAACUACAGGAGGGUUCCUUAUCAUAACUGGACGCAUGGGUUCAGCGUGGCUAAUUCCAUGUAUACCAUUAUCAAACAUUCGCCCAAGACUUUCCGACCGCUGGAGUGCCUGGCGCUGUUCAUCGGCUCCCUGUGCCACGACCUGGACCACCGAGGCAAGAACAACAAGUUCAUGCUGGAGACGGAGAGUCCCCUGGCGGCCAUCUACACCACGUCGACGCUGGAGCACCACCACUUCAACCAGACGGUCACCAUUCUGCAGCAGGAAGGACACAACAUCUUCGGGAAGCUGACGUCGAACGAGUACAAGCAGGUGCUUGGCAACAUCAAGCACUGUAUCCUGGCCACCGACCUGGCCAUGUUCUUCCCCAACAAGGCUAAGUUGGUCAAGCUGGUGGAAGAAAAUCAGUUCGAUUGGGAGAACCCUGAGCACAGGCUGCUGAUCGAGGCCAUCGCCAUGACCGCCUGUGACCUGUGCGCGUCCGCCAAGCCGUGGGACGUGCAGGUCGAGACGGUCAAGGUCAUCUUCGAGGAAUUUUACGAGCAGGGCGACGCCGAGAAGGCCGUGGGCAAGAGUCCGAUCCCGAUGAUGGACAGAACCAAGACGGACGAGCAGGCGUCCUCGCAGGUGGGCUUCCUGUCGGGGAUCUGCAUUCCGUGCUACGAGCUGCUGCACAAGCUGAUCCCGAACACCGAGCCCCUCCUGGCGGGCUGCAAGAGCAACCUCGAGACGUGGAAGAACAUCGCGAGCGAAAAGAAGACGAAGGCCAGAGAAGAGGAGGAGGAGGAAGGGGAAGAGACGGACACGGGGAUUGAGGAAGUGAAUGACGACGAGGACGAGGAUGGGGAGGAGACGGUGGAGGAGAUCGACGAUGACUGCAUUGAUAGCAGAGAUAACGGAGAUAAUAAAUAGGCGACGAAGAGGAAGGAAGAGAGACGGGGAGAUGCCUCAGCCGCUUCGGUUCAGGCGGUGGACGUGCACAGGAAGGGCAGGGAAAGGGCAUUACAUUGUACAGUGCUCUCGUUCGGACCCCUUUUAUUACAUGUCUGUGUCUAAGAUACGUUGACGAUGAGAAGAUAAUGAGUUAUCUUUUUUUGAAGUGAAAAUUAUUAAUAAUGUUGAUAGUUAUUAAUUGUUAAGGUUCUUCCGAUUUCUCUUUCAUUUAGGUAAUAGCAAUCAUGCUUGUUUGUGAAAAUGUAUUCACAGAUCCUUAAAUAGAAGUUGAUGAAAGCCAAAGAACUCGCAUAAAACGGGAGCAUUACACGGACGAGAAGAAAUGGUACUUAAAUGCCUCUGAACUGUGAUAUAUUAUCACAUCUUAUUGUUGUAAAUUUCACCAUGAAAUCAAAACCAGUUCUGAAUCUCUUCGACCAAAGAGAGAAAAGAGCACGAGAAGGAAAGAACUCGCGAACCUGUCGUUCCUGAAGUGCUUUUCUUGUGUUUCUUUUCUCUCUCACUCUCCUCUAACAAGAAGGACGAGAGAGUUUGUCUGGAUUCCUUCUUUUGCAAAUUAUGUUGGCUGUUUUGUUUUUCUCUUUCUGGUAUCACGCAACAAUAACUGUACCAACACAUUCAUAUAUAUAUGUGUAUAUGUAUGUGUGUGUGUGUGUGUGUGUGUGUGUGUGUGUGUGUG